AUGUCUUUGAAUAACCGCGGCAUUAUUUAUCCAAGCAAUGCAAAACGAUCCCAUUUGAUUCGGUUGGUGGAAGAGAAUUCUAUUAAUAGACCAGGAUCCCCGCUGGACGCGCAAGGUGCCCCUUCCCAAGAUGCCCCAGUUCAAAACAAUAAUGGCGGCGAUCAGCGAGUGAUGAUAGACUUAGUGUCGAAGCUUUCGUCUACAGUACAGAGUCUGCAGCAAAACGUGAUAAAUCUGACAUCGCGUGUGAAUUCCAUGAACACCCAGACUACGAGUUCAUCGGUCAGCACAGAAAUUAAUCAUAACAUUCAAUCCGGCGGUCAGACUAACCAAGCGAAUUCGUCAUCGAACGACGUAAACAAUACGUCCAACUUUACUCUGUCCUCAGCCAUGGCAGCUAUGUCUUCAUCAGUGAGUGGACCUAGUGCUACAACAACUGGAAUUGCGAACCAACAACCAGCACCUUCGUACAAAAGGACAAGAUUUGGGUUCUCGGCUGAGUCGCUUCCGUUAGUUGAAACAAUUUCUCCACAGUUAAGACAACAAAUCAUGGCAGGUAAAGACAUAAACUUAGCUUCAAUUCUUAUUCCUUAUUAUGUGCCCACAGAGGACAAACCGCAAUCAGAGCAAAAAAAUGAUUAUCGGUUACAAAGAUCACUCUCGCUUGGAGAAUUCAUCCAAGCGUUUGGCAUAUAUAAAAAUGUGAUGUGUGAAGCAUACCCACAGAGACGAGUCGAACUGGAUCUCUAUGAGAGGGACAUCAUCGACAUGGCAACCAGAUACCCUGGAAAAGGAUUCUAUGAAUAUCAUAGACAGUUUAGUUUGAUGGCAGCUUCUCAUUUAAGAUUUUACAAUAUCAUGGUGGAUUGGUCUGUCAGAAACAAUACACUAUUCUGCAAUAUCUUUGCCAAUGCGAAAGCACAGUCUUGUACACACUGUCAUAGCACUCUUCAUCUUACAAAUUUCUGUGCUAUGGCUGCCACGCAGAAAACAGAAAAAUUGCAACUGGAGAGAGAAGUCGAUUCCUAUGGCAGGAAAAGACUGUAUCAUGCAGGAAAGGAGAUCUGCAACAACUUUAAUGGCACAAGAGGAUGCCAGCUAUCUAGAUGUAGAAAUGCUCAUAUUUGUUUAGAUUGUAGAGGUGAACAUGCUCGGCAGAAUUGUACCUUAGCAAAAAACGGCAACUGGCCCCAACACUUGGGGCCUCAGACCCAUCCAAAGUAGAUGGCAACUACAUGAGCUCUGUGAAUACUCCUGUCAACAUAGACAUACUACAUUUGUGGCUUAAAGAUCAUCCAGAUAAAGAAUUUGUGUCAUAUUUAAUUAAUGGUUUGCAGUUUGGUUUUCACACCGGUUUUCAGACAAUUCCAGAAACACCAUUUGAAUGUAAAAACUUAAGAUCAGCUGAAAAACACUCAGAAUGUGUUGGAGACCUCAUUCAACAGGAAGUUAAGAAAGGAUAUCUUUUGGGACCGUUUAGAGACAUACCUUUUAAAAACUAUAGAAUAAACCCUAUUGGUGUAGCCGAAGGAAAAUAUUCAAAGAAGAAACGUCUUAUUGUGGAUAUGUCCGCUCCCCAUGAUAACGAAGAUAUUCCGAGUUUAAACAACUUGAUAGACAAACAAGAAUUUUCCUUGACUUACGUGAAGAUUGAUGAUGCAGUUAGCCUCAUAAAACACUUGGGCUUGGGAUCUUUUCUUAUUAAGACAGACAUAACUGAUGCCUUCAAGAAUAUACCCAUUCUAGAGGAGUUGUGGCCGUUUCAUGGAAUCAAGUGGAAAGACAAUUAUUAUUUUUACAAAAGAUUAGUGUUCGGAAGUCGUUCAAGUCCAAAGAUCUUUGACUAUCUAUCAACAGCAGUUUGCUGGAUUGCGGAAAAUGUAUUCGAUAUCUCCAACGUUCUGCAUCUCUUAGAUGAUUUUCUGGUAGUGGUACCUCCAUGGGGAGACGCAUUCGAAGUUAUGCACAGAUUUCUCAAUAUCUUUAAAGAACUAGGUAUUCCUUUAUCAUCAAAAAAGACAGAAAGUCCCUGUAAUGAAAUUGAAUAUCUUGGACUCUACUUAGAUUCAGCAAAGAUGGAAACAAGAUUACCUAGAGAGAAACUUACCAGAAUAACAGAACUGCUAGAAACAUUUCAGUACAAGAAAUCAUGUACUAAAAGAGAGCUCUUGAGUUUACUAGGUCACUUGAACUUUGCAUGCAGAGUUAUAUUACCAGGUCGCUCAUUUAUUUCUCACCUUAUUGCCUUGUCCACUACCGUUGAACCAUUGCAUUACCAUAUCAAAAUUGAUCGUAUGUGUAGAGCGGACUUGAGCAUGUGGCUCAAAUUUCUAAGAUCUUGGAAUGGUGUGUCUUUCUUUAUCGAUGACAACAUAACAGAGGCAGCAGAUAUGCAGUUAUUUACUGAUGCGACUCCUAUUUCAUAUGGAGGAUCAUAUGAAAACCAAUGGUUUCAAGGAGAUUUCCCCGUAGAAAUAUUGCAGGAAAAAACAUCAAUGGCUUUCUUUGAACUUUACCCAAUAGUAAUGGCUUGUCUUCUGUGGGGACAUAAUUGGAACAGGAAACGUAUACUAUUUCAUUGUGACAAUAUGGCGACAGUUGAAAUAAUUAAGAAAGGACGCUCUAAAGUUCCUAGUAUCAUGAAAUUAAUGAGAACACUAACGUUUCAUGCUGCAAAAAAUCACUAUGUUUUACAUGCCAAACAUAUUGAAGGUCACAAAAACUGUAUAGCUGACGCAC